GUGAUGGAAAUGUUGAUAUCGAAACCAGGAACCGCAUCAAUAUUUUAAUGACAUGCCGCUUUUGACAGGUGGCUGAGGAGAUGAAUUUCUUGGAACAACCAAGAAGAAACAAGAAGGAUGAAGAAAUUAUCAAGUUCGGGCACCGAGACAAAACCAGACGUUGAUAAAGCAAAGAGAGUUUAUAAGUAUGCCCUGGAUGCAAUCAAAAAAUUAGAUGAUAUAACAAAGCAGAAGAAGGCUUACAGGGAGGUUUUUUCCCAGGAAAGUGUUGGACUUAGAAAUAAAUUAAAGGAAUAUUGUGAGAGGUUAAUGUUCUACAAUCCAUCUGAAUAUGGUAGAAAAGCUGAAGAAGUUUUAUGGAGAAAAGUCUUCUAUGAAAUAAUUCAAGUUGUCAAACAGAACAAGAAGCAUUUACGCCCACAUAGUUCAUUACAGACAGCAUACAGAUCUCAUUUAGCAUCAGCAUGGGGUUAUUAUCAACAUUUACUGUUUAAAUUACAACAAGAAUUCUCUCUACAGUUAGCAGGAAUAUUAGACUUCCAUAUUGUAAUAGAUUCUAAGAGAUUAAAGAAAUUAACAAGUCCUAACAAUAAAAAGGUCUCUCAGCAAGUUUUAGAAUGGGCUAUGAAAGCCUGUCAUAGAUGUUUAAUAUGUUUAGGAGAUAUAGCUCGAUAUCAACAAGAUUUUGACCAUGGUGUCAGUGGUUCUAUAGCAGAAAGAUAUUAUUAUCAAGCUUUAAUUUUAUUACCUGAAUUAGGAAUGCCACAUAAUCAACUAGGAACACUAUCAGGAUCAAGAUACUAUAAUACAGAGGCUGCUUAUCAUUAUAUUAGAUGUUUAUCGAGUGAGAAACCAUUUGAUGGGGCAUUAGGAAAUUUAAAGAAAUUAUUUGAGAAGAACAAUAAAAGAUAUGAUGAAUUAUCACAGCUCAAUCUUAAUGAUCUCAAACCUGAUGAAAAAAGAUUAAAAGAUAUCAGAAUGUUUUUUGUAAGAUUUCUGCAUCUUUUAGAAAUUCUCCUAGAACCUUCGAAAUCUAUAGAGAAUAGUGAGAUGCAGGAAGUUUGUCAAGAAACAUUAAAGAAUUUUGACCGGUGUAUGUUUUAUGAACCUGGGGCCUAUACUAAUGAAGAAUAUGUAACAUUAGAACAGUUACAGUAUCUAGAUGAUGAUAUUGUAUUUAAAUUAGUUGUUACAUGUAUAUGUACAAUACACCUUCUACAACAAAAUGGAUCUAGACAAGUAGCAGCUGCCAUAGCUUUCCUAUUAGCUAUAUUCUCUCAUAUAUUAAAUCAUGUAGUUAUCAGAGUACAAACAGCUUUAGAUGAGAAAGAAAAUCCUAAUAAAAUACUUCAAACUAGCCAGUUAGAUGAUUCCUCUACAGAGAAUGAUGAUUCUGAUGACAAUAAAACACAAACGGAAUCUGAGAAAACUAAUGAGAAUUCACCCAAUAUAGAGAAAUCAGGUGGCAAUAAAAAGAAAAGUAAGAGUAGAUUAAGGAAUAUAAGAAGACGGAGGAGAAGAAAGAACAGUGACAGUAGUGAAGUGUCAGAUUUAUCUGAAGCCUCAGAUCUUAGUGAAGGGGUCAAUGAUGACAGUUUUAUAUCCGAUGAGUCUGAAGAAGAUUUAGUCAGUUAUUUUGAUCAUGAUUCAGACUCGGAUCUAUCAGAAGGUCUGAUGAAUAGUCAGGAGAUCAAACAAGACUUGACAACCAAGACUAACAUGGAGGGAGAUAACUCUAAUCAUAAGACGUCUGCUGGAGAUUCGAGUAGUAAUAAUUCAUGGUCAGAUACGACACCUGAUAAUCUUGCACAUUUCUCAUCUAAACUCUUCUCAGCUUCCACGUUUUUAGGCCAAAAUAUAGAAUCUGGAAAUCGUAAUGAUGAAAUUGAUAAAGCAGAAUAUGAGAAUUACCGUGAUGUUAUUCAAGGAAAGAAAGAUGUCUCUAUUCCCCCUGGAUUUUCUACAUCUAGUGAAGCUAAACAUGUGGCUGAUAUCACCAACAAGCUAGCUAAUUAUAUCAUAGAGACUGAUACAGAAGUUAGUUUAAUACCAACAGAUACAGAUACAGCCUGUACAUUAACAGAUGAAACUGAUGCUCCAGAGAACAGUUCUACCAGUGAUGAAGAAAGGCCUGAAGCCAACCACCAAAGAAUUCAGAACAUACUAGAUGUAUUAAAUUCAGAAGGAUUAUUACCCACAGUAAAGCUCAUGUCUGAUUGGAUGAAAUGUCAUUCUCAUAUCAUAGAUACCUGUGCUCAGAGUUCACACUCAUUAUGGUGUAGAUUGUCAGUUUUAUUAAAUUUUUUGCCUAAAGAACGACAGCUUGUUGAACACGACCAGUGUUGGUUCAGUGGAUUACAGAAAGUUAUACUAGACAUUCAUUCACAAGACUGGAAACAAGUGUAUCCACUGAAAGAAGAUUAUAAUUUAUGUCAGUUACCUCCCUUAGUAGAUGUUCAGGCUGGGAUAAAUUAUGUGAUGAAAACGAGGGCCAGUCUAACUGAGAUACAAGAGACCUUCUUACGAAUUGCAUCUUUACGACAAUUUGGUCAUUAUCUGUCAUCAAUAGAGUGUGUAGAGUUCAACUAUAAACCUGAGGAAGCCAUGUUUUUUGGUCCAUCUGUAAAUAGCAAUGAAGAAGAAACAGAGAAAGCUGCUCAAGAUAGAAUGAGAGAAGAUGAUAGAAGAAGAAAUCAGUUAAUGAAAGAUAUGGCUCAACUUAGACUACAAGAUGAAGUAAACCAGUUGGAAGGAUCGUUACAAUCUCCAGAUCAACCAACAUUUCCUCCUUAUAUCAUACCAGAUACUACCACACUGUGUACAUCAUUACAAUAUAUUAAACAAUUAACACAGCUAGGAUGCAGUAUCAUUAUAAUACCUCUCUCUGUGAUUGAUGGUUUAGAUUAUAUCAAGAAAGAAAACAGUAAGUCAAGGGAAGCAAUUAGAUGGUUAGAGAUGGAAUUCAAAAGAGGAAAUAGGUAUAUCAGAGCUCAGAAAGGUCAAGAAACAGUUCAUGGUGUUAAUGUUAGAAGUUUGAAGAAAAGUAAAAGAGAUAUUUGGUGUUUAUUAGAGCUGUCUGGAUGUGCCCAGUAUUUUGCUAGGCAGACAGGAUGUAUAUCAAAUGGUAAACUGGUGACUGUGAUAUUAGGACAAACAAUGAACACUGAUAAUUUGCCUCAAACUGUGAAUCAAGUUAUAACAACUACUCAACAACAAGGAGUUUGUUUUGAAAAUAUCAAAGACUUCAUACAGAAAUGGAAAGAUGUAUUCAAAAAUAGCGGCUGA